AUAAAGUUACGUCGGCGAAAUUUGAAACCAAGAUGGCGGCGUGCAUACCGCUGUCUUCAAAGAUGUCACCCUCAGGUUCAGUCUGCUUCAGGGGUCUUUUGACAGGGCGGUAUUCCUCGGGAAAGCUGUCCAAAUCUCUGACAGAGCUCUGCACACGAGGUUUCUCGGUGAAGGCCCAGCAGGCGGUGGAGGACAGCGGUGUAAGCACCGCUGCCGGGUUCAGCGGCCCUCUGGAUCACUACAACGGGCUGAUCAGAGACGGGACACUGCGGGAGGAUGAGCACCAGAAAGCGGUGCUGCAGAAACUGGAGCAGCUCCACAAAACUCUCAGAGGAUACAGCAACACGCCGACAUCCAUCUUCUCCAAGUUUUUCACCAAACCAAAGCCUCCAAAAGGUUACUACAUCUUCGGUGAUGUCGGCACAGGAAAAACUAUGGUGAUGGACAUGUUUUAUUCAUAUGUUGAGACUGAAAAGAAAAAGAGGGUUCAUUUCCACGGCUUCAUGUUGGACGUGCAUAAAAGGAUCCACCGGUUGAAGCAGAGCAUGCCGAAGAGGAAGGCAGGGAAAAUGGCCAAAUCCUAUGACCCCAUCGCUCCAGUAGCCGAGGAGAUCAGCGAGGAGGCUUGUCUCCUGUGCUUCGAUGAGUUUCAGGUCACUGAUAUCGCUGACGCCAUGAUCCUCAAGCAGCUUUUUGAGAAUCUGUUUCUGAACGGUGUUGUUGUCGUGGCCACUUCUAAUCGUCCCCCUGAAGACUUGUAUAAAAACGGGCUGCAGAGAGUCAACUUCGUGCCUUUUAUCGCCGUGUUGCAGAAAUAUUGCCAAACUCUUCGCCUGGAUUCUGGGAUUGAUUACCGCAAAAGGAGCCGACCCUCUGCUGGAAAACUCUACUUCCUCUCCAGCGAGCCUGAUGUAGAAGCGACACUAGACAAGAUGUUUGAUGAGCUGGCUUUUAAGCAGAAUGACAUAACACGGCCGCGAGUUCUGAACGUUCACAACAGAAAAGUGCGUCUGAACAAAGCAUGUGGGACCAUCGCAGACUGUACGUUUGAGGAGCUGUGUGACAGACCUUUAGGGGCCAGUGACUACCUGGAGAUGUCCAGGCUGUUUGACACCAUCUUUAUCCGACACAUUCCUCAGCUGACGGUGAACAAGAAAACCCAGGCCAGGCGGCUCAUAACGCUCGUGGAUGCCCUCUACGACCACAAGGUGCGAGUGGUGAUUCUCGCAGAUCACCCGCUGGAGGAUAUUUUUGUACAUGACGGCAAUCACGGUCAUGACGAGAGCCACAUUCUGAUGGACGAUCUGGGGCUGAAAAGGGAGGAAGCCAGCAGUCUGUCCAUCUUCAGCGGAGAGGAGGAAAAAUUUGCCUUCCAGAGGACGGUGUCUCGACUCACGGAGAUGCAGUCAGAAGAAUACUGGGCAGAAGGAGACAGAAGCACAAAGUCGCAGGUGUAACAUUUGGAGAAGUCGACCGCGUUACACAACCAACAAACUCCAGAAACUGAACUCCUCUCUGCCAAAAGCAGCCCGGACCGAACACUACUCCUACUCACCUCGUCCAGCACAAACCCAGACUGCUCAACAGCGUGUGUGCAAGUGUUGUACAGAGAAUAUUUAUUGAAAUCUUAAAGCCUUUUACGACUUUAUUGUGACAUUGCACUUUACGGAUCAUUUUUAAGAGAAACCGGAGGACGUCCGAUUGCUUUUAACUCGGAGUCAUAUUGUGGUCCAACUGUAAAUCUUUUGUAAAUCUGUGGGGCAGCUGGACGACUUCUGGAAACUGAUUCUGUAAGGACUUUUAUGAAGAUUUUAAAGGGAGAUUUUAAUCUCAUAUGCGCUACAUAACGUUUAUGAAAAUGCAAUGCAUCUCCAUGAGUUGUGUGUUAUUCUAAUGCCAGCGUAAACACAGCGGCGGCUUCGGACAUUUAAAGCUGUGCGUUUCAUCCCUGAUGGUUUAUGUGGUUGGUGCACGUGAAAUGUUUCUCUCUGAGCAUUUCACUGGUGUCAUAAAAAAUAAAAUUUGACUGCGUUCAUCAGUA